AUGGCCAACGAGUAUGAGGACAAAGGGGCGACAACGCACCAAGAAAUCAAUAGUGCGGACCCUCCAGCGAUGGGCCAUCAUGAGUUCAAGUUCUCGUCAAAAAUAAAAUCGCAUGAUGGCGAUGUCGCUUUGAGGUUGUUUCACGAUCCUGAUGAGCUCCAUGAACCUAUCGACCCGGAAGAAGAGAGAAAACUCAUUCGCAAGAUCGAUAUGCUGAUUCUACCUUUAAUUGCCGUCAACUAUGCCUUCUUUUACAUCGACAAGACCACCCUGUCGUACGCUGCCAUUUUCGGUAUCAGAGAAGAUCUUAACCUCAGGGGUACCCAGUACAGUUGGCUGAGCAGUUUGUUUUAUUUUGGAUUCCUGGUCUGGGCGUUUCCGACCAAUUUCCUCAUGCAAAGGUUGCCUCUAGGAAAAUACGUUGGAUUCAAUAUCUUCCUAUGGGGUUUCUUUUUGAUGCUCCAAGCCGCCUGCAACAGCUUUGCCACCCUGGGUGUCCUUCGAGCUCUGGCUGGAGCGGCCGAAGCUUGCGCGGAUCCGUCCUUCAUGCUAAUCACACAAAUGUGGUAUACGCGGAAAGAACAGCCUUUGCGAAUCGGCCUCUGGUAUACCGCCAACGGCGCCGGAAUUGCCCUUGGAGGGCUGCUUGGGUAUGGCAUUGGCCAUAUCAAAGGCGCCCUAGCCUCGUGGAGAUACGAGUUCCUCAUCAUCGGUGCCCUGUGCUGCAUUUGGGGAAUUGUCAUCGGCUACUUCAUGCCUGACUCACCUGUGACGGCUAAAUUCCUCAACGACCGUGAAAAGAGGAUUGCAGUGGAGCGAUUGACGAGCAACCAGACAGGUGUUGAAAACAAACAUUUGAAGCCAUACCAAGUUCUUGAAGCCUUCACCGACAUCAAGCUAUACCUGUUUUUCUUGCUCGGCCUGGUCGGAAACAUCCCCAACGGCGGUAUCUCCAACUUCGGGACGCUCAUCAUCAAGGGCUUCGGCUUUUCAACCCUCGUCACCACCCUCAUGCAGAUCCCAUACGGGUGCUUGAUCAUCCUAUCGAUCUUGGCCUGCGUCUACCUGAACGACCGCUACGACAACAACAAGCGGUGUCUUUUCAUCCUAAUUUUCCUGUGUCCCAACAUCGCCGGGGCAUUCGGUCUACGCUUUGUCCACGAAUCCCACCACGUUGGCCGGUACAUUUGCUACCUGUUGACGGGCCCGUACAAUGCCGCGUUCGUGAUGAUCUUGUCGCUGCAGAUUGCCAAUACCGCAGGCCAUACUAAGAAAGUCGUGACCAACGCCGUGCUAUUCUUGGGUUAUUGCACCGGCAACAUUGCCGGUCCGUUUUUCUACAAGACCAACCAAGCACCGGGGUACGAGUUGGGCAUAUGGAGUAUGAUUGUGAGUCAUCUCCUCGAGGUCGUCGUCAUCCUCACCUUCUGGAUUCUGAUGAGCGCCGAAAACCGCCGCCGCGACAAGAUCCAAUCUCAACAGCCGGGCGGGCUGGAAGGCCGUGACCUCGACGCCACAGCCUUUUCCGACUUGACCGAUCGCGAAAACAUGAAUUUCCGAUAUAUCUACUAA